AUGAUUCGAAAGACAUACGGGGUUUCUACUUCCGCCAUUAAAGAUCCAGCUUUAAAGGCGAAACCCUCUACCGGUACGAAUGUAAACGAGGGGAUCUCAGAGUCCCCUUUGUCGGUUUCUGCUUCGAAAGCAUCUCUUCAGGCUUCAAAUACUGAUGAGGUUGAUGCGGAUUCUUUGAGUGUUUCUCGGACGCUAGGUGAGAAAGACACAACUCAAGACUGCCCUUCAGAAAGUGCUAAAGACACUGAAAAUGAGGUAAAGAAAGGAGAUGAUUCUCAAGCCCCAUGGGCUGGGCUUUUCAAAGCGAAUAGAAACCAAAGUAAGGGGAUUACUCUCAGAACCUUGGAGAAUCAGCCUGAAGAGCUAGAACUUGAGCAGCAAGAGCUGGAUGCGGUGGAAUCUGCAUGGGGUGCUUGCCUUGUUGGUUAUUUUGCAGGACGGUUCCCAGGUAAGGUCGCUCUUUUGAAACUGUGUGAUUCAUGGGACGUAAAAUAUAAGUAUCUUGUUCACUCAAGUGGUUGGUUAAUUUUUAAAUUUGAGAAUGAUCGAGAUAGGGACGAGUUUAUAGCAGGAGGCCCCUAUUUGGUUUUUGGAUGGCCAUUAAUGCUGAAGACUAUGCCCCAAGAUUUCGAAUUUGAUGAUAAAGAGCUCACAGCAACGAAAGAACGUGUGUCCUAUGCAAGAGUUAUGGUGGAAAUUGAUGCUUCCAGGCUGCUUGUUCGAGAUGUGAGAAUGAAAUUUCCAUCUGGAAAAGUGAGAGAGCAGCAGGUUCUCUAUGAGUUUGAACCUAAAUACUGCUCGGCAUGCAAAGUUUUUGGGCACUCUAUUACAGGAUGUAGGUUUAAGAAGGAUGUUUGUCCAGCGAAUGAUAAAGGGGCUCAAGCCGUUGGGGUAGUUGACAAGGCUCACGAUCCUCAAACGCCUCCAGUGGUGGAAAAGUCGGACCAGGAGAUUGGUCCCACAGAGCCGGCCCAACCGUCAAAGAUUGAUCGGGAGAGUUUAAAGGAGGGUAAGGAUAUUGGGGCGUCUACCCAGGCUGGUAGUCAGCAAGUGGAAGAGUCCAUGGGUCCCUCUCAUCAAAAGACCCAAGAGGUGGGUCAGAAAGAUAGCCUGCAGGAUGAGAUAGCAUCCCAUAAAUCUUCUCUGACAAAGGAGAAGGAUAUUGAAGCUCAAGAUAGCCGAGAGGAGGAUCAGUUUCAGAUUGUUAGUAGGAAAAAAAAAAAGGCUUUAUGGAGAAGGUUCCAAGCAAGGGAGGCCCAGGGGAAGAUUUUGGACCCAAAUCUAAAAGCAGGAAGGAUGGCAAAGGGCGCAAGGACAAGGCUGUUCUUGCAGAGAAGUCAAUCCCAGUCAUUUGGUUGUUUCUUCACUUGGACUAACAACGUGGUCUGGAGCAAAUUGGAUAGGACCAUGGUUAAUAGUGAUUGGAUGCUUUCGGGUUUUCAAAGUGUGGCCAACUUCUUGCCGUCUGGAUGCUUGUCAGAUCAUUCUCCCAUUAUUGUUUCUGUGUUCAACAGUGUUUUGGAAAAAAGGAAGCCAUUUUGGUUCCUCAACCUGUGGGCUGGAUUUGUGGGAGUUAAUGAUUUGGUGGACAUGGUUUGGAAUCAAAGUAUUCCGAGAUCCAAACAAUUUGUGCUAUGUAGAAAAUUGAAAAUAUUAAAAGCUCAUUUUAAAUCCCUUAAUAGGCAGCACUUUUCCAAUAUUUCUGAAAGAGCGAAGCAGGCAGUUCAUGAAUUGAAGAUGGCCCAGCUGGAGCUCCAUGAUCUCCCUAAGGAUGCUGUCUUGCAAUCACAAGUGUCUAAGCUGAGAAAGGAGGCUAUGUUUCUGUCUGAAGCGGAGAGACAAUUUUAUUCUCAGAUUGUUAAAUGCUCCUAUUUGAUGAAUAGCGAUAAAUGCACAAAGCUAUUUCAUGCCUUGGCGAGGCGAAAUGCUAACAAAAUUUUCAUUGCUUCAGUUUGGAAGCAAGAUGGGGAGGUUACCACUUCUCAGUGCCAGGUUGAAGAGGAAUUCAUCAGAUAUUUUCAAAGUUUAUUAGGUACUUCAUCUAGGAACGAGCCCAUUGAUCCUGAGGUGUUAUCUUCUGGUCCUAUGGUCUCUGCCCAGCAAGCUCACGAUCUCAUUAAAAAUGUUACUAGGGAGGAGAUUAAAGAGAGCUUUAUUUGCUUUUGUGAGGCCAUUGAAGAAUUUUUUGGGUCAUCCUCUCUCUUAAAGCAGAUUAAUCAUGCAUCUAUAGCCCUCAUUCCUAAGUCCUCGCAUGCUUCAGAGGUGCAAGAUUUUCGGCCUAUCUCAUGCUAUAAUGUCACUUACAAGGUGAUUUCAAAAAUUUUAGUGGCUCGGUUGGCGCAUGUUCUCCCUUGUUUGGUUAAUCAAGCCCAAUCAGCAUUUGUGAAAGGUCUUAGAUUUCCCUCUAAUUUUAUUGGCUGGAUUAUGGAAUGCAUAUCAUCCCCUUCCUUCUCCCUUCUCGUUAAUGGCGGGUCUCUCAAGUUCGUUACGGAAAAUUCUGAAUUUAAUUAUCAUCCCAAAUGUGCCAGUUUAAAGAUAACUCAUUUGGCCUUUGCUGAUGACUUGAUGUUAUUGGCGAGGGGAGACGUUACUUCGGUCAAAAUUAUUAUUGACUGUCUGGACAAGUUCACUGCCACCUCGGGGCUUAAUAUUAAUGAGCUCAAGUCAUUUAUGUUCUCAGCAGGUAUUUCAUGUGAUGAGCUUGCGGAGAUUCAAAGGGUGACGAGGUUCCCUCCAGGAUGUAUGCCAUUUCGUUAUCUAGGCAUCCCGUUGGCUGCGGAGAAGCUUAAAAUUAUUCAUUUUGCCCCUUUUACAGAAAAGAUUGCUGAUUAUAUUAAAGCUUGGAAAUGUGCUCCUAUGUCAUAUGCGGGUAGAGCAGAAUUAACAAAAUCUGUUUUGCAGGGUGUAGAGUGCUUUUGGCUAUCUGUGUUGCCCAUUCCAGCUGGUGUUAUUGAUAAGAUUUAUAGGCUCUGUCGUGGCUUCCUCUGGAAUUCCCAUCAUCCGUUAGUGGCAUGGAAGGAGGUCUGUCAUGCUAAAAAUGAAGGUGGUCUUGGGUUUAAAGACCUUAAAAGCUGGAAUAUGGCGCUAAUGUCUAAAACUCUCUGGAAUAUUCAGAAGAAAAGGGAUGCUUUAUGGAUUCGGUGGGUUCAGCCCUGUUAUCUUGGCAAUGGUAAUAUCUGGGACAGAUCGGUGAAAAAGGAGGAUUCUGUUAGGCUAGUUUGUAUGCGUACGAAUCGCGCAAGUAAUAUAAUGAAUGAAUAA